AGUUCACCAUCGCGACCGCAACGCAGCGUUGGCGUCGUGCAACACCUUUCAUUGUAUUGACUAUUGACUGAUUCCGAACACAGAGAAUAAUGUAUAAAUCUAAUUUAUCGUUUUAUUGUCUUAGUUCUUGUUAAAUUUUAUUGUAGUAUAUAUUAGUAUAAGUGUAAUUAUGUCCCCGUUUACGUAAAUGUGAAAUAAUACAGCACAUUGAGUGUUACGCGGCCAUUUUACUUGCAAUGCGGCAACGGUGUACGAUCCGCCAUUGGAAACCACUAGUGUCUUUUUCUGCGGGCAGUAUUUGUAAUUCGUCGAAUUACAAAGCAUAAAAACAAGGUAUACAAUGUGUGAUAAAAGUGUAGUGCGGACUUUAGUGUAGUGAAGCACGGUGGUCGGGUGUUUCGAAUAAUGUGCGAACGAUGGAAAACGAAGUGAAGCAGCGCAAUCAAAGAAAUAGGCGAAGGGAGCGGGCGCAGCGCAUGCAAGCACAGCGAGAGAGCAAAGUUAAGGAUGGGGACAGCGGCGAGGACGAGUCUCCGGCGAGAGAGAAGCCGCCUCGUCCUCCAGCCAGGAGAAAGAAGUCGAAGGAGCCGCUCGGGGAAGAGGAUAUCAUUGAUGGUUUCGCCAUAAUGGCAUUUCGCACCUAUGAAGAUCUCGAGGCUGCUGUAAAAUGCGCUUCUUCACCUCGUACCAACGCGUUGUCGACAAAGCCGCGACUACCCCUCGCAGCAUUGGCCGGCGACGCUCCCCGGAACCACCCACCCAACAAUGUCAACUCACACGGUAUAACGCUGCUUCAAGACGCUGGCACGUCGGAUGACAGUGGAAGGGCAUCUGAACGGCUCACGGGCAGCUCAUUGGCGCCACGCGACCCCGAUUCCUCGCGCGACCGUCUUAGUGACGCCAGUAGCCGCUGUAGUUCCGGAAAAGGCUAUAUCUGUGAUAGUGAAGGCGACGACGACAAGGCGAGUCCAGAAAACAGUAGAAAUGCCUCACCAAGAUAUCACGAUGUGUCAAUGGAUGAUGCAUCGGACGCCGGCUCUCUGUUCCGAGUGACUGGUGCGGGCGCGGGCGCCGGUGGGAAGAACGAACUGGUGGCUCGCGGCGGCAGUGGCGGCGCGCUGGCCCUGUCGCGUGCGCCCGUCGGCGGCAGCGCGAGCCCCGCGCCCGCGCCGCUGCCGCAGCCUGCCCCAUCGCCGGCGCCCGCUGCCCUGCCCCCGCCCGCGCUACCGCCUCCGCCCUUCCGUGCCGACACCCCACACCGGCCAAGCAGCGCGCAUAUCCCCGCGCUCGAUGGACACGCCGCCACACAGAUACCUGCAAGACCGCAACAACAAGCUGCAGCCUGGCGCUCGCGCCGCCGCCGACAGUCCCACGCCUGCACCGCCAGCGCCGCCUGCGCCCUCGCCGCUCUUCCCUUCGCACACCGCGUACCAAGGCCACGCGACCGCUGCGCUUCCUGA